GUCGCAGUCGCUCAAUUGAACGAACGUGUUGUAGUCGUCAGUCUGCUGGAGCGCAGAACGCAUUCGAAUUGAGGUUGAGGGUCAGUCAGAAGCGCGACAACGCGCAAUUUCUUAUUAUGGCAGGGCAAGGUCGCGCAAAUUUUCUUGCGCUUCUCUAUCUCGCCUGUGUGAUCGUGCAGACGGUACGGUCAAAUCCAGUGAAUAUCCCGGUGAAUCGAGUGCCACUGACGUUAUGGAAAAAGGCGUGGACAGCUUUGAACGAGCAUUCACCGACACAUCACCUGUAUGCGCAAGGCGAACUGAUUAACGCACAGGAAUUGGAGGAGCCACCUUACAAGGUAUACAAGUUUACAUAUAACUUGAAUCCGAUAUGUGGGACGGAAUCCUGUCCCAGAGAAGCAUGUACAAUUGAUCUGAAGCAAGAUGAGCAUGGAGACAUAGAGACAUUGAAUGACUCUAUUCAGUGUAUGUACUACUAUCCAGCUGAUACGCAAAAUGACAUGUCAUUGGAGCAGCAGAAUUAUCAGGAGCAAGAUGAUAUUCAGGUCACUCAAGAAAGUAUGGCGGAACAGACAACAAGCAAUCGAAGUGUCAAGCUGGAUCACGAGAUUCAGGAGACAAAUGAUGAUGAUGGCAGAUUAUUCAUCGCUUUGCGCGCUUCCAGCAAUACGUAUUGUCCAGGCUGUCCGUAUGAGUUAAAUCCGAGCCAACCUAGUCUCGUUGUCUUCGGUGCACAAGCAGUUAGAUCAAUGGAUGAGCUGACCUCAAGUGAUUACAAACACAAACUGAUAAGCAUCUUGAGAGUCACCCGUUCCGUACCAGUUUCGUCGAAUGUAAUACAAUAUCAGGUGCUAGUAUUGAUAGGCGAAUCUGAGUGUUCGAAAAAUUCACUGGAACAAGAGCAGGAAUGUCCAUUGCGAACAAACGGUCCACAAAGUUUAUGCUUGGUCACGUUCGAGCAACAGCCUUGGAGACGAGAGUCUCUUAGAAUUACCAAAAAUAACUGCACGGAUUCAGAAAAUACUUUCAGUACCAGUUAUCAACCCCAAUUGGAUUUGGAGAGCCAAUCUCCAGUAACGGCCAAGUACAAUGGGCAACCGCCUCUAACUGAGACUGAUGCCUAUGAAGGCUUGAAAGACAUAUUGGAUAAUUACACCUAUGUGCCUUCGACUGUGCCGUCGAAAGAGCCAGAAGAAGCUGCGGUAACGGAAUCUACGAUCAUAAAGGUGGUUUUGAAUAGAAGCGAAGACGAAAAAAUCACAGGUUUUACAGAUAAAGCGAAAGAAUUCAACGAGUUUCUGAAGAAUUUUGAUCUACCUGUUAAGGUGGAAGAAGUCACGCCAGAUAUCCGCGAACCCGUAAAAGAAGAAAAGUUUCAUCAAAAAAAAGUUUCUCUGCCAGAGUUUCAAAUCGGGAAAACGAAUAAUGAUGGAGGUGAGAUUAACAGAAAAAAACGAUCAGCGAGGCAGACAAGACAAUUAGGUUCAGUUACGCUAACAUCUGUAGACGAUCCAGAGAUUCAGGAGUUUGCUGGAAAAGCAUUGCGUAAAGUUUCUCAGGAAUCAGAUGGUCCGAACGAGCCGCUUCUCAUCGAGAUUACCGAGGCUAGUGUUCAGAUAGUCUCUGGGAAGAUCUAUAAGAUUAAAGCCAAGCUAGGUACCAGUAAUUGUCCGAAAGGUACCAAUGACAAUUGCCAGUUGCUGACCGAAAGCGAGGUGAAGGAAUGUUUGAUAACAGUAUGGUCACGACCGUGGCUCGAUCAUGGUUUCCCUUCGAUUAAGGUUCAAUGUCCACCAUCAGCUGGCCCGAGACGUCGAAAACGAUCUCUACGCGGAGUCAAGUACAAUCAGAAGAUGCUGCAGAUCGCUGAAGAUCUGAGAACCGAGAAUCUGUUUGUUGACUUCAUGGCAACUUACAAUCGCACAUAUGCUACGCCAGAAGAAAGAGAUCUGCGACUUCGGAUAUUCCGUCAUAAUCUCGAGAUCAUUCGGUUGUUGCGUAAGAACGAGCAAGGGACCGGACGCUAUGGCAUCAACAUGUUCGCCGAUGUAUCGCGCGAAGAAUUCCGAGCGCGUUAUCUCGGUCUGCGACCGGAUCUUAAAUCGGAGAACAACAUUCCUCUGCACCAGGCCGAAAUUCCAGACGUUGACAUUCCGCCUAGUUUCGACUGGCGACAGAAGGGCGCUGUGACUUCGGUAAAAGAUCAGGGCAUGUGCGGCUCGUGUUGGGCGUUUUCGGUAACUGGCAAUGUCGAGGGCCAGUAUGCGAUCAAGCAUGGCCAGCUGUUGUCGCUGUCCGAGCAAGAGCUGGUCGACUGCGAUGACUUGGAUGAGGGUUGCAACGGCGGUCUGCCGGACAACGCGUACAGAGCCAUUGAGAAGUUGGGCGGUCUCGAAUUAGAAUCGGAUUAUCCAUACGAUGCGGAAGAUGAAAAGUGUCACUUCAAAAAGAGUUUGGCUAAGGUUCAGCUAGCCUCAGCCGUUAAUAUCACUUCGAAUGAGACAAAACUGGCACAGUGGCUAGUGGAGAACGGUCCUAUCUCUAUCGGCAUCAACGCCAACGCUAUGCAAUUUUAUGUUGGCGGUGUUUCGCAUCCCUUAAGAUUUCUCUGCAAUCCCAAAAAUCUUGAUCACGGUGUACUGAUCGUUGGAUACGGCACAAGUAAUUAUCCGCUCUUCCACAGAAAAUUACCAUAUUGGAUCAUCAAGAACAGUUGGGGAAAACGUUGGGGCGAGCAAGGAUACUACAGAGUUUAUCGCGGCGAUGGCACUUGCGGAUUAAAUACAAUGGCCACAAGCGCUAUGGUUGUUUAAUGCCGUUGAUUACAUGAAUAAGCUUUCCAUGACAGUUAACUUAUAUUCGUUCUAUACGAAGUUAUACAUUAAAUAUAUAUAUAUAUAUGUAUAUAUAUAUAUAUAUAUAAAGAUAUCUUUUUUCUACUAACUUAACGAGUCGACUACGAAAUUCAUUUGCUUGUCAAGUAUUUGACAAGUGACAUCUUCAUUGUCAAUUUAUGUUAUGCAGUUGAUCCACUCGAUGAUAAUUUACGUUCACAAAUAUUUGGCAAGCGCUUGAAUUAUCUGAAAAUAGUUUAGUAUAUACAUUAUGCGAGAGUUCGAUUUUUUUAAUACUUUGAGAUAGAAACGAUAUAAAUCGUUUGUGACAAUCUUUAUUCAUCCGUUACAAAAAGUUUGUUGAAUCUAAAUAUUCGUAUAUUACAACUCGCCUAAGAAAUGUUUUGCGAAUUUUUGCAAAAAAUGUUGAUGCUAGAAUAAAGUAGAAAAUUGUUAACUUCGCGAUAUUUGUUUUAAUAUUGCGCAUGCAAAACUUAGGUUUAGGAUAAACAACAAAACUCUACAUCUUUUAUUCGUGCAUUUUUCAAAGUUUUGUUAUAGAGGCAACUAAUAUAGAUUUUAUAUUUUGUUACAACGGAACCGUAACUUGAAGUAGGUUCAAAUAAAAAUUGUGUAUUCACUUUAUGUUAAUUCAAACCAAAGAGCGAAAGAAAUCCAAGAAAGUAAAUAAGACGAAGAAUACAAAUAAAUGUUCGGUCUUACUUGAAUUCAAUAUGAAGCGGCAACUACGCGAAACUAUGUCAAUUUAACGUAUAUAUUUGAAGUCUUUUACCAUGUUUUAAAUAAAUACAUUAGAAAUAAAAAGUGGCAUUAAUUUUUA